GACAUAACACAAGCACGGCAGCGGAGACGAUGGCGGAGGACGACAACGUGCGUGUGCAGCAUGUGCUGGCGAGCGCUGGGGUGAACAGCGAUACGGGCUGCUUGGAUUGGAACACGGACAGCGACGUGGUCGCAUAUGCUGCUUCCUGCUUCGUCUUUAUCAACCACAACUCGGCGAGCGCUGAUGUGCCGCAGAAGGUGCAGCAGACAUGUACGGGCCAUUCGGCCCGCGUCAACUGCGUGCGGUGGAUGAGGCAUGUGGACGAUGCCGGCAGCGUCUCCUUCGCACCAAGUUUGCUUGUCACGGGCUCAUCAGACAAGACGCUCAGGCUGUGGAGGAAGAGUGCAGACGUGCCUCACACAUGGAGCACGGUUCAAGUUCUCAAGGAACACGCCGAGUCUGUCACGGACGUGGAGGCGCGCUCCUUCUCCUCUGGUCGCGCCAUCAUUGCCUCCAGUGCCGGUGAUGAGACGGUCAGGCUAUGGCAGAGCCACAAGCCUUCAGAGCCGUUUGAGCUGUUGCAAGUCAUUGCCACGCCACGGCACUACAUGAUGGCCCUGAGCCUAGCCCUGCUUCCCUCCACAGACCGGUUGGUGCUGGCCUGUGGUGGUGACGACAUGCGCGUGCAUGUGUAUGCCGAGACGGCGUCUGAUGGCCUCGUGCACCAGGACUCACUUCCUGGCCACGAAGAUUGGGUUCGCAGCCUCGACUUUACCACCAUACACACUGCCGACGGAUCGAAAGCGCUGCUCUUGGCGAGUGGGGCGCAGGACUGCUUCAUCCGCCUCUGGAAGAUUGCCCAACAAACGCCACUGGCCGCACAGCAGCAGCAGAAACAAGACAAGUUUGAGGCGAUGCUGCAGACAUCGGAGCGCAUCUUCCACGUGGAUGGCCUCACGUUUUGCUCAAGCCUGGAUGCGCUGCUGGCUGGCCACGAAAACAAGUCUGGGAUGUGGCUCGACGGGGCGCGUAUGGGGGAGGUUGGCGGCAACACGCUUGGGUUCUUUGGCGCCGUGUUUGGCCCGCGUGCACAGCAUGUGCUUGGACACAGUUUCCACGGAGCACUGCAUCACUGGGAAGCCGGCUCGUCCUCUUCCUCCUGGACCCCGCGCGUCGUCGUCAGCGGCCACUUCAAGGGCGUGUACGACCUUGACUGGAGCCCCAGCGGCGACUAUCUGCUCACCUGCUCCGACGACCAGACCACCCGCCUCUUCGCCCCCUGGCAGCAUGCCCGCACCACUGAUGCGUGGCACGAGCUUGGGCGCCCACAGGUGCACGGCUACGACCUGCGCUGCCUCGCUGUGAUUGACGAUUCCUCCUUUGCCAGCGGCGCCGAUGAGAAGGUUCUUCGCGUCUUCGAAGCGCCACAGAGUUUCUUCACGUCGUUCCAGACUAUCACAGGCACCUCCCUCACGCAGCUCGGGCAGUCUGUCGCUGUUAAGGGCCGCGCACUUGGCGCCAGCGUCCCUGCCCUCGGCCUCUCAAACAAGCCCGUGUAUGAAGGGGAUACGACACAUGCCAACAAGGACACCGACAGCCACACACAAUACUUUCGAUCGACAACAGAUGACGCCGUGUUCCCCUUUGAAUCCGAACAGCUCCAACAGCCGCCGUUUGAGGCGCAGCUGGUGCAGAACACGCUGUGGCCGGAGACGCGCAAGCUGUACGGCCACGGUUAUGAGCUCAUGUGCGUGGCGUGCGACCACCAGCGCACCGUUCUCGUGUCUGCGUGCAAGGCCACGAAACCGGAACACGCCGCCCUUCGCCUCUGGAGCAUUCAGUCGGGCCUCGAGGUUGCACAACUUCCAGGCCACAAGCUGACGGUGGUGAAAGUUUCCUUUUCUCCGGACGACCGCUGGCUCGUGUCCGUUUCGCGUGAUCGUGCCUUCUGCGUGUACGAACGCGUCGAGACAGAAGCAGGUCCUUCGUACGAACUCCGAUUUACACAUGCGAAAGCACACGAUCGCAUCAUCUGGGAUGUGGCAUGGGUGCCUGACAGCAAGCACUUCAUCACUGGUGCGCGCGACAAGCACGUGAAGGUGUGGGCCGUUGCUGACUCGGGUGAGGCCACGUGCACGUGCACGCUGCCCAAGUUCCCAGACAGCGUCACUGCCCUCGCCGUUACAGCCGACACCCGCCCCUCCUCAUCGUCACCAUCGUCGUCAUCAUCCUCAUCGUCAGCGUUGAUGCUGGCUGUUGGGCUGGACAAAGGGGCGGUUCAUCUCCACCGCUCUGCAGACAACGGCAGCACGUGGGCGCAGGUGCAUGUGCUUGACGAUGGCAUGGCACACCGCGCAACCGUCCGCCGCCUCAAGUGGCGCCCCAACAGCUCCGACGACGCCGCACACCAGCAGGGUCUCUACUUGGCGUCGUGCGGCCUGGAUCACGUCGUGCGCAUCAACUUGGUCGCAUAA